AUGCUAUUCAGAAAAUCAGAAAAAGCAUUCUAUAGAACUUUUAAUAAUCAAAAUGCCGAAUUAAAUAUUGCCUACCCUACUGAAGAAGUAACAGAGCAAUUUUGGAGGGAGCAGCUUGCCACUUCCACAACUUACAACACUCAAGGCAGCUGGAUUGAUGAAGAAAUUAAUGCAGCAGAAGACUACAAUUCCAUGCAAUACCAACCUUUUACUGUGACUGAAAUAUCAGAAAUAAUUAAAGGAUUACAUAACUGGAAAACACCAGGCCCUGAUUCCAUUCAAAAUUAUUGGCUUAAAAAGCUAUGGUGCACACAUGAAGCUUUAACAUCUUUAAUAAACGAAAUUAUGAUUCAUCCUGAGAAGCUACCGCUUUUUCUGACACCAGGCAAUACGUACCUUAUCUUAAAAGAUCCUAAUAAUAGCGAAAAUCCAGCCAACUAUCGCCCUAUAACUUGCCUCCCAAGGUUGUAUAAGUUGAUGACAUCUUGUAUUACUAGUAGGCUGUACGAGUAUUGUGAGCAGAAUAACAUCAUUGCUACUCAACAGAAGGGCUGCAUGAAGAAUUCGAUGGGGUGCAAAGAGCAAAUAGUAAUCGACGCUAUUAUCUAUGAUUUGAAGCUGAUGGGAGCUACUAAAAACCAACUGGAGCAAAUGCUGAAAAUAGUAGAAGAGUUCUCUGAGGACAUAGGAAUGAGUUUUGGAAUGAACAAAUGUCGUAUUCUUAAUAUUGUGAGAGGUAAAUUGGCACAUGACGAAUUCGAACUUCAUAAUGGGGAAGCUAUUAAGGCGAUGAAGAAUGGAGACACCUAUAAGUAUCUCGGAAUAAAGCAGGCCCGUAAAAUAGAACAUAGGGCAAUGAAGGACGACCUUACGGCGUUUAACUCAUAUGCAUGCUCCGUGCUUGGUUACUCUUUUGGAAUAGUAAAAUGGAGUAAAACCGAUCUAGUAAACCUUGAACGUAAGAUCAGAACUACACUCACAAAAGCACAAAAACACCAUCCUAAAAGCUCAGUUGAACGAGUAACUUUGCCACGAUCACAAGGGGGACGAGGAUUAGUAGAUAUAUGCAAACAAUUGGAUCAACAAAUAACGAAUCUUCGAGCUUACUUUCACAGAGAAGCAUUAACUUCAACUUUGCAUAAAGUAAUAUGCGCAGCAGACGACUCAACUCCCCUCCUGUUGAACCAACAUGAAAUUCAAACGCACCAUCAAACUAACGAGGAAAAGAUGCAGAUAUGGAAAGAAAAGCCCUUGCAUGGGAGGCACAUCAAUGAUGCUGAUCAAGAUACUGUCGAUACUUUGGCGUCGAACUAUUGGUUAGUAUCGGGACAGUUGUUUCCUGAAACCGAGGGCUUCGUAAUGGCUAUCCAGGACCAGGUAAUCGCAAGCCGAAACUACCUAAAGUAUAUUGUGAAAAAUACGACAAUCGAAAAUGACAAGUGCCGAUACGGAUGCCAAACAGCGGAAACCAUACAACAUAUCAGAGGCGGAUGUCAGAUGUUUUCUGCAACCGAAUAUAAAGCGAGACACGAUUCUGUAGCGAAAAUAUUACAUCAGGAACUAGCUAUCAAAUACCAACUACAGCAAGCGGAAAAACUCCCGUAUUAUAAAUAUGUUCCAGAAACAAUUUUAGAAAACAAAAACUAUAAAAUGUAUUGGGAUAGAACCAUCCUUACAGAUCAUACAGUAAAUCAUAAUAGACCGGACAUCCUAUUAAUCGAUAAGGCUAUGAAAAAUGUAAUCAUCCUCGACUUGGCCAUUCCUAACAACAACAAUUUGGGUAGCAAGCAUUGUGAAAAGAUUGCCAAAUACCGAGAUCUCCAGGAACAAAUUAAAAAACAGUGGAAAAUAGAGACCAUAAAAACGAUCCCGAUAAUUGUAUCAACAACGGGCCUUAUCCCAAAACAACUAAAGAAGAAUAUUAGUGAGUUGGGGCUCAACGAAAAUUUAUAUAAAAGUAUGCAAGAAGCAACCUUGCUGGCGACCGCGCGAACAACUAGGAAAUAUUUAGGUAACCCAUCUAAACCUCAAGAACCCUAUACCAUAGAAAGGGUUCCCACCGAGCUCAAUCCCUCUGAUAUCUAA